CAAGCCCUUUGGCAGAAGGAAGCGUGUUCGAAGCUGAACACGAGGAGAGGAUCAUCGAGAAGCGAUCUCGUCUCGCGGAGAAAUCCGCGAUGGACGCGAAAGUCGAAGCACCAGGUGUUCGAGGUGCGAUGAAGCUCGAAAGCUGUGAGUAGAAACGCGACUGGCGUUUGGAUGGCUUGCAAACGGAAGCGGAAAAAGUCGUGGAAGAGCGCCUGAGGUGAAGUUCCACUGGCUGCACGGCCUUCGCGCCGGCCAGCAUGGCGUAGCAACGCCGCGAAAAUCCCACGUUAAACUUUUACCAACGGGGUACAGUCUAUCGCUGUUUGUUCCAUUGGUUGAAAGAACGAACAGAGCAGAGGAGAAAAAGACGCAAUGCGGUAGCGUGUGCUAAGCGAGAGCUUAGCGGAUCAACGUCGUGCCACAGAGCCGGUUCAGAGAACGAAACUGGGCCAUAACAGAGUCGAAGGGCCCGGCGAAGGUGGAUAAAGCCACUCGAACAACGGCCCUGGCUACGACGGCGUUGGCUUCCGGCGAUGAUCGGAUACAAUCAACACAAUUCUGGCUACAACAAGCUAUUUACGCAGGGCUCGGCAGACUCGAACUACUCACAGCCGAGCUCGGAUCUCUCGCUGGACGAGGAGAAAGAGAGCUUGCGUCGUGAGAAGGAGAGGCAGGCCCUCAAUCAACUUGAAAAAGCCAGGACGAAAGCGGUAGCGUUUGCAGUGCGGACCAAUGUGAGCUAUGACGGAUCUGUCGACGAUGAUUCGCCUGUCCAUGGCUCGGCUAUCAGCUUCGAGGUUCGCGACUUCCUGCACAUCAAGGAGAAGUACGACAACAAUUGGUGGAUAGGUAGGCUGGUGAAAGAGAACGCGGACGUCGGCUUCAUCCCGUCCCCGGUGAAAUUAGAGGCCCUGAGGCAGCAGGCGAGCGCUGCACGUGGUACAAAGGGUCUCUAUUCGGCACGUGGAGGGUCUUCAGGGAACCUUGGCGAGAGUGGUGACGACAGCGACAGCGUGCGCGGCGGUAAGGCAACGUUGACCACGCCACCGGCUAAGGAGAAACGGAAGAACUUCUUCAAGAAGCCGGAAACUACCACGCCGUACGACGUUGUACCAUCUAUGAGGCCUGUCGUCCUGGUCGGUCCAUCGUUGAAAGGUUAUCAGGUGACGGACAUGAUGCAAAAGGCGUUGUUCGAUUAUUUGAAGCAUCGGUUCCGAGGCAGAAUAAUUAUCACUAGGGUAAUGGCAGACAUUUCACUGGCAAAGAGAUCGUUGCUGAACAAUCCAUCAAAACGAGCGAUCAUGGAACGAUCCACGAGCAGGAGCAGUUGUUUGGCGGAGGUUCAAGCCGAGAUCGAGAGGAUUUUUGAGCUUGCCAGAACCCUUCAGUUGGUAGUUUUGGACUGCGAUACCAUCAAUCAUCCGUCGCAGUUAGCUAAGACCAGCCUGGCGCCAACGAUCGUCUACCUGAAGAUUUCGUCACCUAAAGUGCUCCAAAGGUUGAUCAAGUCGCGUGGAAAGUCGCAGAUCAGACAUCUGAACGUACAAAUGGUGGCUGCUGAGAAAUUGGCUCAGUGUCCUACAGAGAUGUUCGACGUGAUCUUGGAUGAGAAUCAGCUGGAGGAAGCUUGCGAACACGUGGCUGAGUACCUGGAAGCUUACUGGAGGGCCACGCAUCCUCAAGUGAUCGCUACAGUGCCACGUCCGAUCCCUGCACCGGAUGCACCGGUCGACGCGUUAACACCUCGCGUCACAUCAGGUGCCCAUCAUGAGAGUUACUACGGCCACGAGCCAAGAGGAUCAGGAUCGUACAGCGGCGGACACAUGAGCGAGGGAACUCGAAAGUCGAGGCUGGAGAGGAUGGAUCGUGAUCGGGGCGAUCGUAGUGAACACGACUACGGCAACGAGGAGGAAUCGUACGUCAGUGGCGUCGAUUACGGGAGCGCGUCGAGGCGUCGCCAGCAGCAAGAUCCGCGUGCAUUGAACGCCAUUUAGGAGCUGGGGCCCCGGGGCCUGUCGCUACAGCGCUGUCCCCACCUGCGCACCACUGCUCUUUAGUGGGGUCGCCACCUGGUACGCUACUGAACGUACGAACGUGCUUAACGCUACCGUAGCGAAGAAAACAAAAAAUAUUUGCGCUCUGGUCUGUUAGUGGGGUUUCUUUCCUGUCGCUACCCGUAAGAUGGUUCAUUUUGUUCGAUUUACUGUUUAAUAGCUAGACCCUUGUUGUUCGAGCUGUCCCAUAAUUUACAUAGAAAUCGCCUUUCGUUACGAUAUUUCUAGCCUUUAGUAUACGGCAUCGUACGUAACGCAUGGAACUCAGCGUGUUUUCAUGCAGAAUCAUUUUCAUUUUCUUCAUUCUGUCCGUUUAUUGGUGCCGGAUCUCGAUGUAGAACUUCUAUUAUAGAUACAUUGCAUCGUAUUAUGCCAAUGAUUCUCGUUACCGAGGAAGCGUGCACGAUACUUUACGCUGUAACAGAGAGUAGAAACGUUGAUUAUGCAAAUUGUUGUUCUUUCGUAGAGCUGAGAUUUUGAAUCUCAGGUAAAUCGCUUUGGUUUUUAUUUGUUGGAUUGUUGAGAUGGUACGCGUGCACGCUUGUCUAUGAUACACGAAUGUUUCAUCCUACGAGGUAUACACUUUCUUCCGUUUGCGACUAUUUUCGUUAUGAUGGAAGCAAAAGUUAGCGAGCUAGUGCAUUAUUUUUUCAUUUUAUUGGUUCCAAAGUAAACAUGGCGUAAUUUGUCGUAACAGAGUAACGUGUCCAUGGUGACAGACAUUGUAGAUUCUAUUUUCGUAAUCGUACUCUCGAUUAAAGGAGCCUUGUUGAUUUCGUAACGAUCGUUUUCUUGACCAUUCGAUAGAUAUCGUACAAGUAGAAAGACCCAUUCUAGUGAAACCAAUUGUUGUUGUCAUGAAACUAUCGAGUAAAUGGCUUUGUUCUGUUCCCAUCCCCCAACCCUCCUCCGUUUUACAGAAAUUUUAUCAAAUCAAUUACAAAGUUCGUUCGCGUAAAUGGAGAGCGUGUGAGAGAGAAAAAGUGUGCGAGUGAGAGAGAUGGAGCGUAUUGGCGGCAGCGAAAAAUUUUCACGAGCAUUUUUUCCAACAGGAAUUCCGCAUAACGAUGGGCGGAUUGAAACGAAUAAUCGAAUGUCCUUGUCGAUGAGGUACGCACAGGAUAAAUCCCCCAUUCGCGGAGCCAGCUCAACGAGAUGAGUAUUGACAUGAGAACGGUCACGUGAACAAAGCUAAAGAGAAACACACUUUUAGGAAUGAGAAAGAGUGAGAGAGAAGGGAGAGCGUGAGAAUAAGAGAGAAAGGAAAGGAGAGAAAAAGAGCCCUGGGGCCUUAAUCUUUGCGCUGACUCCUCCCGGGCCCCUAUUACCCAACCCCACGAGAAACAUCAGAUUUUUCAGAUCGAUGAUUUAUCAGCCAGCUAGGGGAACUCGUGAAUCGGCAUCGGGUCUUCAUUAAACGCCACGAGAUUUUCGCUCGAAAUUAGGUAGACGAUCGUCCGGAGCUAAUUGAAUGAAAAAAAAAAAAAAAACAAAGAAGGAAGGGAGUAUAAAAUAAAAUCGUGAGAAACGAACAAAAAAGAGAAAUCAUAGGAAAAAGAAAUGAGAAACUUCGAUAUGAAUUUCGCGUAGAAUUCUUUCAAUUCGGCCGACAGAACAGCGAUAGUUGCUUCGAUUUAGAGAGAAGAGAGGAGAAACGAGGAAAAUGAUCUCUAGUCGAUUUACCUUAGGAUCGAUCGCAUGAUUAAAUUCUUAAUUCUAGAAAUUUUAGAAAUUUCGUCACGAGAUUCGAACAGAAUUUCGCGAUAUCACGAUCGAGUAUGGAAGGAACUCGACAAAAAUAAAAUGACGAAACGAAUUAACGUUGCGUGGCGAUGGGUUGGGAUCAGAGAUAAUCAGUCAUUAUUGUCGUACGCGAUUAAAAGUUUUCGAUUAUCGAUACGAUGGCGCGUUGAUGAUCGCCGCGCUAGGCUCACGUGUUUAUACGUUUUAUUAGAGUCUAUUUGGUGAAAUGUGAAUACACAUACACACACACAUACACACACACACGUGUUACACAUGCACAGACAGGCAUACACGGGCACACGCACACGAGAACACACAGUGAAACACAUUUUGUGUAUAUAGUAUACAUAUAUAAAUAAUAAUAUUAUAUAUAUAUAUAUAUAAAUAUAUUGUAUACGUAUGUACGCAGUGAACACUUUUACCUUUGUCACUCGACAAAAUUCCGAUCGAGGCAAAAUGUGAGUAUGAGAGCAAGAAUGAAUGAGAGAAAAUGAAAGGAAUAGAAUGAAAGUGGAUAGAAAGUGAAACAAGAAAGAUGAUACUAUACCAUAGAAUCAAUAGAUAUCGUGUAAAUAUUGUAAGAAGCCUUUAAAAACAAGUCCUUUCCGUUUCGAUUUUGUCGUGAAUGCAGCGUCGUCAGCUGCAGCGAGGAUCAUGGUAAUGCUGGAUAUUUGUCAACGUUUCUCAUUGUUUUUACGGAUCUACAGACACUUUCGGUCCUCGUGAUCAACGCUUUUGACGCACUACGAACUUGCUGCAACUAAAAUAUGAAAAAUAUUUAUGGAGUAAUUGAUGCAAUACAUAUACACAGACACAUACACAAACAUACUCAUACACACACACGUACACAUACAGAAAGAUAUACAAACGCACUUGAUUGCAUAUCAAUUGCACGUAUGUAAUCGUGACAACCGAUAAUGCUAAUCGAGUUUUGAUCGUUCGUGUAUAUUGGUUUCUUUUUUAGAUGCACGCAUCAACGUUGUUUCUUAAGUAGAACGAACAAAUCUCGAGCUCGCCAUUCUUCGCAGAAAUAGCCUUGCGCACGGCCAGUAUAAUUAAAUAAUAUCAAAAAGGCAAAAAAAAAAAGAAAGAAAAAAGAAAAAAAAGAAAAUGUACGAAACGUAAGAUAAUGAAUUUUUCUAAAUUAAUUUAGGGAAUUUUACUUAAAACGAUCACUUAUGCAUCACUAGAUUAGCGAAACGAAGCGUUUCUUUCCCGGAACGAUUACGUUCGAUAUGCGUUCGUGUAUGACGUUGCUGUGUGAAUUUAGCGAGGUUUUCUUAUCGUUUUCACGCAGUUUUUGUAUUUUCCACGGCCGAUCGCUGGCACAUUUUUCUUUAAAAAUAAAUUAAAAAUAAGGAUUUGACGCACGGUCCUUCGAAUCUCAAAACUUGAGCAUGGAUCGCAAUUUCUUGCCCAUAUAUGUAUCUCUGCCAGCGAUUCAGCGUCGUCGUCUUAUCGAAAGUGUUUCUAAUUCUUAUUAAGCUCGUUGUUUGUUCGCCAUAUUAAAUUGGCGCUGGAAGAUUAUAUAGCUGUUGAAGAUUACAGAAAUCUUCAGAAAUCGAGCGAGUAUCGAAGCGAAAGUCUUCGUGAAACGCUCUCAAGAUGAACUUUAGAGACGCCUUAGGAAUUAAGUAGACGAUCGUGCGAAGAUCAGCAUUCGACCUAAAUCUUCGCUCGCUACGCUGUUAAACGAAUUUUAUUGGCGCCUCGCGCUGUAAUAAUUUCGCUUGCCGAAGAUUCCACAUUUUAUCUUUAGACUGGAAGAUUUUUAUAAAUCGAGCGAAGAUGAUGAAAAAUCUAUGACAAAUAUAGAAAGAUAGUUUGUUUCGAAUUCGAGGCAAAUUAUGGAAUGUUCGAGUUUCACGUUUCACGAUUUUUCACGUUUUCGAGUUUCGCGAGGAUUCUAUUGGUCACUAACUGUAAAAUGUUUUUUGUAGCCAACGUUUGUAAAUACUAGGUAAAAUAUAUUUGCAAAACACUAUCACUGGUGAUGUCUAUUUAAAGAUACUCACGCUUCUACUUCGAUGUAGGCGAAUUUCAGUCAAAAUUCAAUGCGAGAAGGAGCGUGCGUUUCGGUUUCUUCACGACGCGAUUCGAGUGCAAUUUCGAAACGAAUGCUCGGUAGUAGCUAGAGUUUCUUUUGAACUUUGUUUCCUCGUGUCGAACAGAAGCCGUUUGCACUAGGGUAACGUUCUUAUAUCACGUUUGCUCGAUUAUUUUAACAAGUUUCUCUGUUUCUGCGAUUUAACUACGAAUAACGCCGCGACGCAUAGGCGACUCGAUUUUAAAUCGUAGCUAUUGUAUACAAUUUUUUCUAGACGUCAAUGACGCGAUUGAUAGAGGAUGUGUAACAAUAUCUAGCCUACAUCCUUAGGCAAAUGAGAAUUUUUUAUAAUAUUUUCUAAGAGUCUUUCGCUCGAUAGGCAGCGACAGAAACCCACGUCAUGCAGACCUGAUACGAAUUAUGGCGUCUCACGUGGCCACAUACAUACCACACACAUACACACACACACCCACGAUACACGAAUUUCAAAGAAGUCCUUAAUAUUUCUUACGGUACGAUCCCUAGUAGUUAACUGACGCAAGAUCCGUCGGUUUUGUAAUUAUUAACGAUUUCGGUUUAGGAUUUUAGCGGCUUCCAGUCCGUUCUUUCUUUCGAUAUAUCGAAGACUAGUGUUCGAAUCUGUAACACGUGCAUUAGCGCGCUAAAUUAAAUGCAAAACGAGAGAAAAAAAAUUAUAUGAAACAUAACUUGUAGCUUUCGAUCGACGUCAAUUCGGAUCUACGUAAAAAAAAAACAAAAAAAAAAAGAAGACAAAGGAAAUCUCUGUAGUGUUUCUCAGUAAAACGAUCUAGGAUUAAAACUCGCACGCGACAUGUUCGUUCGAUGCCUACAAAAAUCGACACACAUUCUGUUCUAGCGAAGACAAAAGAGAACAAAGAAAAUAUCUCCCGUCACAAGCGAGCCAAAUAAAAAAGUAUUAAAAAAAGGCGAAAAAAGAAAAAUUCGAAAGACAAAAAAGAAAUGAUACAAUUCACUAGAAAUCGCGAUGUCAUAUAGGAAAGCUGAAAGUCCAAUCGGCAACGCAAUCGAAUUUUCUUUUGAAAGACUAAACGAGAACAUAUUAACGAGUGUUUAAAUAUCGAUGUUUAAGCUGUUUAGGAAGAAACGAGAGAAAGACGAGAGAGGGAAGACUGGACGCGGGAGAGAUAGAGGGUAAGCCUUUCUUCAAGAGUAGCGAGUGUCGAGAGGGCGUAAGUACAAUUCGUUCGAUGUAUUUAAAAAAAUUAGGGCGCGAAUUUAAAUUAAUUAGGAGUGAAUUGUUGCCUUGGUUUGCACCAUGUGCACGUGAACGUGUUGUUAAAAUCUAAACUGCUUUUGCCGGCGUCGCGGCCGACGAUUUCGUGCGAUCGAUCGACGCACUCCUCGAAGAAUGCAACCCCAAUUACACGAAUGGUUGGAAGGUCCAAAAAAAAAAAGAAAAAAUAAGAGAAUAAGGCAUUAUAAGAACAAAGCAUCGAACGAAAGAUAAUCGUUUCGUACGACCCAUAUUCUGUGAAAAAAUUUAUUCUUCUUUUGAACAAUUUUUAGCAAAUUCUUCGUAGAUGUGGACCGUGCCUCGGUGUUAUGUUUGCUUUAGGGACAUAUAUGGCGAAACGCCUGUCCUUGUAAAGAGCCUUAAGGCUUUCGCAAUGAAAUAUUAUUGGGUACAUUGCGUACAGCGUGAUUUCGAAAGUAUAUAUCUGUGUGUACACAGAGAGGCAGAAGAGAGAAGAUGGGAGACGAAGAAUAAAAGAAAAGUAGUGCUAGGAUCACGAUGGACGCCAUUGUCGGUUUGACUCGAUGAUCGUGAUUUUGUCUGCGAUUAUGCAUGUAAUAAACCGCGCCAGACGUAUCAACGGAAAUACGUUUCUGCGCGAACAGAAUGGGAACAUUGACGCGUUCUAUCGGCUUCCUGCUGUCGCUUUCUGUAUUCGAUUAUUAGACGUAAUCUAAAAUGGAAACAGUACCAUAGCAAAACAGAAAAACGAAGCGUAAGACGUUCGCUGUUCACCGUCGAUCAUAUGCGUUUUAGAAACGUUUUAGAAUUAGGUCGACCUGUAAUAGAGACAGAUAGAGACGAUUGCAUGCAGUCCGAAUAUUUUUAAAAACCAAAGUAAAACGCGGCUGAAAAUAUUCUUCACCUCGCGGUCAGCCUUGACAAACUAAUCGAUAUUUUCGCAAUUGUCUUCUUCUUUUAUCUUUAGCGAAAUUGAUAGUUGAUCGUUGAAAGAAAAAAGAUAUUACGACGUAAGCGCGGUCGAUACGAUUACGAUAAAAAAUGGCAACUGCUAAGAGCUGCUUCUUGUUCACGCCGUCCCGUAUAAUUAAAUACGAUCGUCGAUUCGAAUCAACCGGCGUCGCUCCGAGGACGAAGUCCUGUCGCCUGUGUACGUGAAUUCUAACGUGUUCAAUUUCGACGUGCUUUCACGCGUGUCUGCCUCACGUGGUGCGUGUGUGCACGUUGUGUCUCCUAACGCUAAGGAACAAACGCCGCGCAUUCACGUUCUCGGUCAUUUAUUUUCUUUUGCGGCUGGUUCGUUGGAUCAAAGUUUUUUCCCUGUGUAUAUUAUCUAUUAUUCGCUCGUGCGACUGAUUUCGAUUGCGAACAAGCGAACGAAAGGAAGGAAGAAAGGAAGGGAGAAAGAAUGUAAAAAAGAAGAAAGUAAAACUGCAGAAAGGAAGGAAGAAAGUUGAGAUAAGAGAGCGAUCUAAUUCGUUUUCCUCGGGCGAAUUUUAUUUCGUUGUUGUCGCGGAGGAAUCAGCGUGCGAGUAACGAGAAGAAAGAGGAUAUAUUCAUUGAAAAUGGAUAAUCGAUGACUUUGCUGUUAAACGAAUUAAAAGGUUCGUCUAAUCGCGUCGAGUUUAAUGGACGAGAGGAGAAAUUGGAGCAAGUGUAUGUUUGUAUGCGUUUGUGUGAACGAGAUCGAGAGAGAGGAAGAGACGGAUGAAUAACAAAAAAAAAAAAAAGAAAAAGAAAAAGAAAGGAGGAAAAGAGGAGAACGAAAGAAUUUGCGGUUCAGUGUGCGCGAACUGCGGUUCUUCGGAGACGGAAUUGAGGUGAUUAAUUAAACGAGAUGUUGUAAAUUGUUCUAUAGCAAAAAUGAAAAGUGUUACGGCCGUGGCAGCGCGCCCUUCGAGAGUUCCUCGACGGUUAACAAAAUUCUUACCUUUAAUCGAUUCAACUUCGGCAGAAGAAACUUCGAAAUUAAUAAUCGGAAGGAGUAGAUAGAAAACACACGAUCGAUCGACUUGAUCGACGAUUAAUUUCGUCGUCGACGAGUCUCGAGGAGCGCGAUGCUUUGAUCGUUUCGAUGUUGAUAUGUCAAUGCUGUGAUGUUAUCCUUUGAAACUUCAAAUGAAAAAAAAAUAUAUUUCCCUCCCCCUAUUUGUCCCUCCAUCAUCCUCGUUCCCCUUCGACACGGCCCACCCUCGAUUUUUCCAGAAAGUAUCCCGCAAGACGAACCCCUUCUCCUUGGAAAAUAAAUAUUUCUAUUACUGUAACACUCCGCAUAGUCCUUAAAAAAAAAGAAAAAAAAUAGCUAGAUUCUAAUCGUAUUUAAUGUAAAGUUUAUUAUUGUUACAUCUCAGUGAAUCUCUCCUCUAUCAGUGAUUUCACGGAGAGAACGACGUACCGUCGACGAAAGAACGCGUUUAGGAAGAUACCGGAGAAAAUUAUAUAGCGACGAUUUCAGGGGAAGGAUAAAAGCGUUAACUAUUAUUAGGAAAAUCCUGAAAGUAUAGCGAUCGAUAAUCGAUCAACCGUUACGCUCGUUCCUCUCCGAUACGUCACUGGUAACCAAAAUUCCUACAUUUGUCGCAUUUGUAAAUAAAAUUUUUAUCAUCACACAA